UAAUUAAAGAAAUAAAAAGAUAAAUACUUGGGAUUCUUUUGUUCUGUGGGAGUUAUAGAUAGAGCAGAAUAGGAGAUCAGCUUAGCUUAGGGCUUGUUUGGUGUUCCAGAAAGGGUUCCAACUUGCAGGAAAAUAGCAAUUUUUUCUGUUGAAGUUACUCGAUCAUCAGGAUUGGAGUGAAAAAUGGGAAGAGGGAAGAUAGAGAUAAAGAGAAUCGAAAACAACACAAAUCGGCAGGUGACUUUCUGCAAGAGGAGAAAUGGGCUUCUCAAGAAAGCUUAUGAACUCUCCGUUCUCUGUGAUGCAGAAAUUGCUCUCAUUGUUUUCUCUAGCCGUGGCCGUGUUUAUGAAUACUCCAACAACAACAUUAAGUCAACAAUAGAGCGGUACAAGAAGGCAACUUCAGAUGCUUCUAAUAUCUGCACCCCUCAAGAGCUUAAUGCCCAGUUCUAUCAGCAAGAAUCAAAGAAGUUGCGUCAGCAGAUACAUAUGCUCCAGAAUUCCAAUAGGCAUCUAGUGGGUGAAGGGCUGAGCUCUUUAAAUGUGAGGGAGUUGAAGCAGCUGGAAAGUAGGCUUGAAAGAGGAAUCACAAAAAUUAGGUCCAAAAAGCAUGAUCUCAUUCUUGCUGAAACUGAGAACUUGCAAAAGAGGGAGGUGCAUCUUGAACAGGAAAAUGCCUUUCUUCGAGCCAAGACAUGCAUGCAGAUAACAGAGAAUGAGAGGCUUCAGGAGCUAAGCAUGAUGCCAACAGGGGGGCAAGACUACCAAGCCAUCCAGCACUACCUUGCUCGCAACAUGAUGCAAAUCAAUGUGAUGGAUGAUGGCGUCUCGCCUUCUUACCCUGUAUCAGCGGACAAGAAAAACCUCCACCUCGACUAGCUAGCUUAGCCGGCAGCGCUAGCCUCUAGGAGCGAGCGGACCCGUUUGGUUGAUGAUUUCAUUUUCUGCAUGCAUGCAUCUAAGUAUUAACUCAUAAGCUCAGCUAGUUGUACUUCUAGCUAGUUUAUUGCUGAUGCCGCAUGCCCUACCGAACAUUCUAGCUAGACUAUCAAUUACUCCUUUGUUUGAUUGUGUACGACUGCGUACCAAGAAACCAUAUAUGCCGCAUCCAAAGCUAAACAACUUUGAUUUUCUUAUUACUAUGCUUAUCAUGAUCUCCCAUCAUGGGUAUAUAUGUACAUAUCUUCUGCC